UAAGGAUCGAGUCUAUCGCCUCUCUCCUGCCCUCUUUUCUCUCUUUCCCCCCUUUUCUCUCUCCCUUUUCCUACACAUAUAUAUAUAUAUAUUCCCUUUCUUCCACUCCUUUCAACUAAACUCUCUCUCCCUCUUCCUUCCUCUUCUUCCAAUUUCAUCUCUCUGUUCUUAAAACGACUCGACGCCUGUACAAAACGACGCAGCAUACCCAUUCUACCAUGGGACGCUCGCCUUGUUGUGAGAAAGCUCAUACUAACAAAGGCGCCUGGACUAAAGAGGAAGACCAGCGCCUUAUUGACUAUAUCCGUGUUCACGGCGAAGGUUGCUGGCGCUCACUCCCUAAAGCCGCCGGAUUGCUUAGAUGUGGCAAGAGUUGCAGACUCAGGUGGAUUAAUUACCUCAGACCUGAUCUUAAAAGAGGAAAUUUUACUGAAGAAGAAGAUGAGCUUAUUAUCAAGCUUCAUAGUUUACUAGGCAACAAAUGGUCUUUAAUAGCUGGAAGAUUACCCGGAAGAACUGAUAAUGAAAUAAAAAAUUACUGGAACACUCACAUCAAGCGAAAAUUACUUAGUCGUGGUAUUGAUCCGCAAACUCACCGCCCGCUCAUCGAAAAAACCACUGCCACCAGUAGCGGAGCCGGCACCGGCACCGUCACCGCCACCGCCAAAACCACGCAAAUUAACUUCGAAAACGCGUGUCCGCAAUCAAUAGCAGAAAUCAAUCUUUUCAAAUCCAAUCUGGAUUUCAAAUUCGCCAUGAAAACAGAGUCCGUUGAAGAAAAUAACUGUACCAGUAGCGGCAUGACCACGGACGAAGAACAACAACAACAGCAACGGCAAAGAGAAAGCAGUCAGAAUCAAGAAGAAGUUAAUUUAGAGUUACGUAUAGGAUUAGGUCCAACUGGGAGUGAGUCGACUCAGACAUUUUCAGCAAACUCGGCCGAGUCAAAGUUAGAACAACAACAACAGCAACAAAAAGAAGGUCCGUUUCAGUUGUUCGGGUCGGUUUGUACUUGUUGUCAGUUGGGUUCUUACCAAAGAAGUGAAUUGUGUAGGAAUUGCCAGAGUUCAAAUGGGCUCUACAGAUUUUAUAAUUAUUACUAAAAAAAAUUAUUUACAGUAAUUAUUAAUUUUAUUUUUUUCAAAUAGAAGAUUGAUUGCUCAAAUCAGACACCAACUCCUUCACCUGCUGCCUGCCACAGCUAGUUUCAGUAUAAUGAAGACAGAGUUAAAUUAAAGAAAUGUAUGGUAUCAUAAUUACUAAUGUAAAAGAAUUCAAAGUUACUUACCAACUCUGCAAAAGGAUUAAAUGCUUUUUGGAUUCA